AUCCAUCCAGUCUAACCAACAUUAUUAAUUUAGUUUUACUAGGCAGCACACGUACCUACUAUGAAUAUCAAAUAUUUUGUGAUUCUGUUGUUCUUUGGAUUAUGCUGUGGUGAUCCAUAUUUUUUAAAUGUUACAGAGUACUUCCGUAUGCCGCCGCUAUUUGAACUAGAUAACUAUGAACAAUGCAUGGCCAGCGAAAACGGUGUGUUUUGUGUUGUUGCUGUGGAUGUCAUAACAGAGCCUGAUAAUGACGUAACAAAUAUCAUCACAAAGUAUUCCGCAAAUAAGCUGAAACGAUUUAACCACUCAAUCAUAGAGCGAGGGAUCUGUGUCACGAGAAGUUGCAGAAGACAAAACAUCAAGAAUUUAAACAUGGAGGACCUAAAGAUAGUCCUUUCGGAAUGCCUUAAUGAAACUAUCUACGAUGAAUAUAAAGUAAAAACAAAAGUAUCAAGAAUAAAUUAUUGCAAUAAUUCUAAACGACAGGAAGAUGUAGAUGUGGAUAUUGGAGAUUGGAUAUUUACUAUUAUUAUAUUAAUAAUAGUUCUGCUCAAUAUUUUUGGCACUUUGUAUGACAUGCAGCUGGAUAGAAAAAAGAAUGAAAAUACAGGUAACCAAUAUUUACUAAGUUUUUCUGUAUUACAAAAUUGGAACAAGUUUAUCUCAAACGAGCAGAAAGAUCCAAGAUUAAGAAGUUUUCAAGGCUUACACGUAAUAAGAACUAUAUUAACAUUAUUAAUAAUCAUGGUGCACGUAAUGUGGUUUAUGUCAUUUACUUAUGUUGACAAUCCUCGAGAUCUUGAAAUGAACCUUGAGAAGCUGUCAUACCAAGUUGUGUUCAGCGGACCAACCCUGAUGCAGGUCUACUUCAUGAUGUCAGGAUGUCUCCUCACCCAUGCACUCCAAAUCGGUGCGGAGCAAAUUUCUGAAUCCUGGAUGAUAUUCCCAAUGGCAUUGAUUUAUAGAUUGGGAAGGGUUCUGCCCGCCUUAAUGAUGAUCCUCGGUUUCACAACCACGUGGUUUCGCCAUCUCGGCAAUGGUCCGUUGUGGAACUACUACGUUAGUCCGGCCGUCAGCGAUUGUCGGCGAUACUGGUGGUCUCAUCUACUGUUCGUGAACAUCUUUCUGCCAGAUACGGAAAAUAGAACCUGCUUAUAUCAAACCUGGAAUAUCUCAGUGGAAAUCCACUUAUUUGCCAUCGGGUUAUUCAUCUAUCUGGCCACCAGGACCCGUUUCAGGAGCCUUGCGUUUACCAUAAUGUUCCUCAUCGGGUUGGUUGGACCAGCUCUACAUGUGUGGUUCAAAGAUGUUGAAGCUACUAUUAUGGUUAAUCCAGAAUUUGUUCGAAGAAUGAUGGGCGAUGAGUUCCGUAAUGUACAUUCCUUACCACACAACAACUUCUCAGCUUACGUCAUCGGAAUGUGUUUGGGACUGUACAUAUAUGACGCACAAAGAAAUGAUAAAAAGUUUCCCAAUCGCAAGAUUUUAUCUUUAUUAACGUGGAUGGUGAUACCAGCUACAGUUCUAUUGUUCAGUAUUUCUGGAAAGUAUUUUGUCGGAAGCAAUGAGCGAGCACCUUUUUUGUUCAGACUAAUAUUUGCUGCAGCGCACAGACCCAUACUUGGCAUUUUGUACGCGUUCCUUGUAUUCAGUUUUGUAUUCAAAUUUAACAACUUUGCAAGCUUUUUAGCAGGAAUGAGUGUUUGGCGGAUACCAAGCAGACUUAGCUACAUGGUGUAUAUCAUCCACGUCAACAUUAUAUCUUAUGUUCUCGGGAUAAGGACUCAACUGGACCACGCAGCUUUUAUUAGCUUAGUAAUGAACAUUGUGGGGGUGACGUGUAUAUCAUUCCUGUUGGCUCUACCAUUAUAUCUACUCCUUGAGGCACCAUUUACCAAUGUUGUUAGGACUUUGGUGUUUGGAAAUCGUGUAUCAAAACAAGACAUUAAAAAGGAGUAGAGACAUUAAAAAUCAUGACUAUCUGAUUGUUAAUGGUAGGAAAAACGAUGACUUGUGUGUUGAAGCCUGAAAGAGACUACCGAAACCAACAAGUCCAAACGAAAAAAAAUUAGGACCACUUCAGUUAUGCCGUUAAUUAAACAUGUUAAACCGAACUGGUGUUAUAACUAAGCCAACCAUAUGAUUACGCGUGGUCUUUCAAUCUUUGUAUGUUUUUUGAACUAUGUAGCUGUGGUUUCAUCUACAGAUUCACCCCACUAAUUGAAUAGACAAAAAUCAAAAUGUGGACGGCCAGUUAUUUUUCUGUCACAAACAGAGGAGAUCAUUGUACCUAUUAAUAGCCCCCACACAAACAUUUUAGUAAUACCAAGCGUUUGGAGAGUUUUAAAAAUUGCAUUUAGCUUCAUACCUGCUUUGUGUAAUGCAAUCACAUCGAUUCGGUUCUCUAUAUCACCCCACUCCAUUUUAAUAUCGCAAAAUAUUGUACUAUUGAACAAUCAUAUAAAAAUGACAGAUUCCAAAUACAAAUGUAAUAUUUUGUUUAUUCUUAAUUUUAACAGUAUUUAUGGCUAGACUAAUUAUUUAAGUUAAUAGGAAAUUAUAUUUUCUGUGAGAGAAAUCUCUAACUGAUCUGCUAUUAACAAACUAGUGAAAAAUGUCAUUUGUGUGACUAAAAAUGACCAUUAUUUAUACAAUUCUUGACAGGUGAGAAACCCUUUUGACACUUUUUUGAAACCUUAGCUAAUACGUGGAAUUAAUUGUUUUUCAAUAUAUCAUUGUCUUAAUUUUGCAAAAUAAACCAAUAAAUUAAUGUAAUAUAAACCCAUUUUAAGGCACUCAAAUAAACUGCACGUUUUUGUAUACCACUGAAAACAUUAAUUAUUAUUUUUUAAAUUGUUAACAAACAUGUAGGUACUUUUUGGAUUUAUUUUGUUCAAAGUUGUAUAAAGAUCGAAAUAUUUUUUUUAUUAUAACAGUGUGUUUUCUUUAAUGAUUUGUGAAAAGAUGAAGCUUUAAAUGUGGAUUUUAAAGAUUGGCAAUGAGUUUCUUGUAAUUAAAGCUCAACCCUUCCCUAAGUGGCGCGUGGACAUAAAAAGAAAAGAAAACUUUUAAA